AAAGUUAGAGAGGGGGACUGCAGAGGCGCACGGUGCCACAGCCAGGACCACUGGAAGCCUCUGCAAGCGCAACAAACCGCCGAGAACAAGUGCCUUUCUCACCAUUUCUAUUUCACUGAGAAGCAAGUGUGCAGGGGGAGAAGAAGGGCUAUGCCUCGCGAGUAGAAAGAGGUAGAUUUUGUGAGUGGUGUCCUGUUUUAUUCCCACAAGAUGAAUAAAGACUUGAAGAGCCUGCGCCAGCUCGCCGUGCCUCUGCUGCUUUUCGCCCUGUGCGUCGCGGUGCAGCGAUCCGAGUCAGCGGCUUGCCAUGGCUGUGUGGGAUCCAAAUGUGACUGCAGUGGAGUAAAAGGAACCAAGGGGGAGCGGGGUUUCCCGGGUCUCACCGGACAGCCAGGGGUCCCAGGUUUCCCCGGACCUGAGGGGCCCAUUGGAGGCAGAGGAGAGAAGGGUAGCGAUGGACCUCAGGGACUUUAUGGUCCAAAAGGAAUAAGGGGGCCAUCUGGAUUGCCAGGAUUCCCAGGAACACCAGGACUUCCUGGUCUGCCCGGCCAGGAUGGACCUCCAGGACCGAGAGGAGUGGCGGGGUGCAAUGGGACAAAGGGUGAAAGGGGUUACCCAGGAAGUGGAGGAAUCCUCGGACAGCAGGGACAGCCGGGUGUACCUGGUCUGCCCGGACAGAAGGGUGACCCAGGUGAUGUGAUCUCCACCAAUCGUUUUGGAGAACAAGGUUCAGUGGGACUGCCCGGACUACCAGGAGUUCCUGGAUCUGCCGGACCCCCCGGUUUGCAAGGCCCACUCGGCCCACAAGGACCUAGAGGUCCUGAGGGUCGUCCAGGUCCUCCUGGCCUUCCCGGACCAAAGGGAAACAUGGGAUUGAACUUCCAAGGCCCCAAGGGAGAGAAGGGUGAACCAGGUCUGCCAGGACCUGCUGGUCCUCCGGGACAAGUGGGAGAACAGAAGAGGCCAGCAGAGACGGAGAUCCAGAGAGGAGACAAGGGCGACCCCGGUGUUGCAGGUCCUCCCGGUGAUCCCGGAUAUCCAGGAGCCCCUGGUCCCUCGGGAGGCCAGAAAGGAACCAAGGGAGAAGCAGGAGAAGCAGGCAAACGAGGUAAAAACGGCAAAGAUGGCGACCCCGGUGGUCCAGGUUUCCCCGGAGGCAAAGGAGAGUCAGGUCUGCCAGGUCCUCCAGGCAGGGAUGGAGAGAGAGGCUUCAAAGGUGAUCGUGGAUACCCAGGCCCACCAGGCGUGGUGAUCGGCGGGGCAACAGGGGGGCAGGUUGGCCCUAAAGGUGAGUCCGGUUACCCCGGAUCACCUGGAUACAAAGGAGAGAGAGGACCAGCAGGUUUAUCAGGCCCUCCAGGAGCCCCAGGAAUCCCAGCUGUUGGUGGUGGAGGCAACCCUGGAGCUCCAGGUUUCCCAGGAGAGAGAGGUCAGAAGGGAGACGCUGGCGUUCCAGGGCUUUCUCUGCCGGGACCCCCAGGACGAUCAGGAUCCAACGGGCUCCAGGGAUUACCAGGGCCCCCUGGACCUCCAGGUUUCUCGUCACCACAACAGAACUGCGUGGCUGGAGAGCCCGGGCGCCCCGGCGUCCAGGGAGAAACAGGUUACCCCGGAGAGUCUGGCCAGAAAGGUGAGAAGGGCCAGACCUGUGUGAACUGCAUCGCUGGUACCACUGGCAUCCAAGGACCCCCAGGACCUGCCGGAAGCCCCGGAUUCCCCGGAAUUCCCGGCGGUCCAGGUGCAAAAGGAGACAGUGGAUACCCAGGAACUCCAGGCUCCAGUGGACCCGCUGGUCCCUCCGGUCCUCAGGGCGCUCCAGGUUUCCCCGGACAGAAGGGUGACCCCGGAGAUGCCGUCACAGUGAACGGUGUGAGGGGAGAAAAAGGUGACACCGGUUUCCCUGGCACGCCCGGUCUUCCCGGUCUGGACGGUCGACCCGGUCGCGAUGGACAGCCCGGCGUUCCGGGAGCCAAAGGAACUCCGGGUUCCCUGCUAGUGAAAGGAGAACGAGGCACCCCCGGUGAUAUAGGUCCCUCUGGUACCCCAGGGGACAGAGGUCCUCCUGGCGCUCAGGGCUACGGACCUCAGGGUUCUAAAGGAGAGAAAGGUGUCCAGGGCGUCUCAGGAAGAUCUGGAGGUCCCGGUGGCCCCGGUGCUAAAGGUGAACCCGGUCUAGCCGUGGCGGAGAAAGGAUUACAAGGAACACGAGGACUGGACGGCUCUCCAGGACUGUCCGGCUCACCAGGUUCCCCUGGACAACCCGGACAGAAUGGUUUCCCUGGAUCACCGGGAAUCAAGGGUGACCCCGGACUUCCUGGCAUCGGACUCCCAGGACCCCCAGGAGUUAAAGGAUUCCCAGGUAUCCCCGGCCAGAACGGACCUCCAGCAGGACCAGGAAGACCCGGAGUGGAUGGACUCCCCGGCCAGCCUGGAUUCCCUGGAUCCAAGGGUGAGCCUGGCUUUGGACUCCCCGGCCCCCCCGGUCUACCUGGAGUCCCUGGAUCUAAAGGAUUCCCCGGACCAAAGGGAGACUCUGGCUUCCCUGGCGGCCCCGGUUCCCCUGGACGAUCUGGAUUUGACGGCGGUCCUGGAUCUAAAGGUGAGCCCGGUACACCCGGAAUACCUGGAGCUCGUGGCCCCCCUGGAUCCCCCUCCAUUGGCUCUCUGGGACAGCCAGGCCCCCCCGGACCCCCCGGCCCAAUGGGACCACCAGGAUUCCCGGGAUCAAACGGAGUGAAGGGAGACCCCGGGCCCCCAGGUCUGGACAUCCCUGGUCUGCCAGGAGAGAGAGGGGGUAACGGUUUCCCAGGAUCCCCAGGACCAGCCGGAACUGCAGGACCUCCUGGAGGACCGGGACGUGACGGCCAGCCUGGACUGCCAGGUCAGAAAGGAGACAUGGGCUCCAUGGGAACUCCAGGACCCUCUGGAGGACCUGGAGGCCCCGGAGGGCCCGGCGGCCCCGGAUUUAAAGGUGAACCAGGAUUCCCCGGCAGAGACGGUUCCCCCGGCGGUCCCGGUGGUAAAGGAGACAGAGGAGACUCCGGCGUCAUGGGACCCCCAGGAGAUAGCUCUCCCCGAUUGACUAUAAAGGGAGACAAAGGAGAACCUGGACUAUCAGGUGCAACAGGUCUUUCAGGUCAGAAAGGUUUCCCCGGUGCCUCAGGUGAUCCCGGUCUGCCAGGAUCAGAUGGUCGCCCUGGACUCCCCGGACCACCAGGUCCCAAAGGUGAUUCCGGCAUCCCAGGAGGCCCCGGUGGUCCUGGAGGUCCUGGAGCAAAGGGCAGCAUGGGAGAAAUGGGAUUCCCAGGACCGUCAGGGCAGAAGGGUCUGUCAGGUCAGCCAGGUCGAUCUGGAACCCCAGGAAACCCCGGAGGACCUGGUUUCCCUGGAUCCAAAGGUGAACCUGGCUCUGCUGGAAUCGGACCCCCCGGAGCCGCUGGACUCAAGGGUGAACCAGGUCAGCCAGGGUUCCCAGGGAAUCCUGGACUUAAAGGAACUCUAGGAACUCCAGGACUCCCAGGAUUACCAGGAGGACCAGGAUCCAAAGGCGACCCCGGACUCCCAGGAUUCCAAGGUUCUCCUGGGAUUCCCGGUCCUAAGGGUCUCGAUGGCGGUCCCGGUGGUCCAGGUCUCACUGGAGCUCCUGGUCGACCAGGAGAGUCUGGUCGACCAGGAGGUCCAGGACAGCCAGGAGAGAAGGGUCAGGCGGGUCGGGACGGGAUCCCCGGACCGGCUGGAAUCAAAGGAGACCCAGGUCUUCCUGGUUACGGUGGACCCGGUGCUCCUGGACUUCCAGGACUGCCAGGCUCAAAGGGAGACUCCGGUCUUCCCGGCCCAUCUGGUAGUCCCGGUUUCCCCGGCUCUAAGGGAGAUGCUGGUUUCCCUGGAAUCCCUGGUAACUCAGGCAACAGUGGCCCUCCUGGGCCUCCAGGUCUAGCUCUGCAGGGCCCCAAAGGACUCAGUGGACCCCCAGGACCUCCCGGAAGAGCAGGUCAAAGUGGGCCCCAGGGUCCCCGUGGGCCCCCAGGAAGCGGCGGCGUUAAGGGAGAAAAGGGCAUUGCCGGCGCUCCCGGUCAGCCAGGCUUUGCAGGACAGAAGGGAGAGAGUGGCGUUCCUGGAUUCCCAGGUCCCGCUGGUCUUUCUGGCGGCUCUGGUCAGAAGGGAGACAUCGGUCUGCCCGGUGUUCCCGGAUUCCCUGGACCAAAGGGAGAUUCUGGCCUUCCUGGCGGCAGCGGCCUUCCCGGGGAUCCUGGAGAGGUCGGACCUACCGGUCCUCCCGGUGACCCCGGUGUAUCUCCCACUCCCAUCGUGGUGAAGGGAGAGCGCGGACCCCCCGGUGCCUCGGGCCUGCCUGGUAGUCGAGGAGGUCCUGGUGCUCCUGGACGUGAGGGACUUCCUGGUCAGCCUGGUGACCCUGGCACUGCUGGGCCUGAUGGGCCUCCUGGUUUCAGCGGCCCCAACGGCAGGAAGGGAGACAAUGGUCCCGCCGGCAGCCCCGGUCAGCGUGGUUACCCCGGCCCCCCUGGUUCUGACGGUCCUCAGGGUCUCCCCGGUCCUCCAGGAUCAGUGUCUGCAGCCCACGGCUUCCUCAUCACCCGCCACAGCCAGGGAACGGAAGUGCCCUACUGCCCCGAGGGAACCAACCCCAUCUACGACGGAUACUCGCUGCUGUACGUGCAGGGCAACGAGCGGGCGCACGGACAGGACCUCGGCUCAGCCGGCAGCUGUCUCCGCCGGUUCAGCACCAUGCCCUUCAUGUUCUGCAACAUCAACAACGUCUGCAACUUCGCCUCCCGCAACGACUACUCCUACUGGCUGUCCACGCCCGAGCCCAUGCCCAGUUCCAUGGCCCCUAUCCAGGGGGAGGGCAUCAAGCCUUUCAUCAGCAGGUGUUCAGUGUGUGAAGCUCCAGCCAUGGUGAUCGCAGUGCACAGUCAGACCAUCCAGAUUCCCACCUGCCCGGGAAACUGGGAAGCUCUGUGGAUAGGAUACUCCUUCAUGAUGCACACCAGUGCUGGUGCUGAGGGUUCGGGUCAGGCCCUGGCCUCCCCCGGAUCCUGCCUGGAGGAGUUCCGCAGCGCUCCCUUCAUCGAGUGCCACGGGAGAGGAACCUGCAACUACUACGGGAACUCCUACAGCUUCUGGCUGGCCACGGUGGAACCCUCUGAGAUGUUCAGGAAGCCCCAGUCGGAGACUCUGAAGGCGGGUAACCUCCGGACACGUGUCAGCCGCUGCGUGGUCUGCAUGAAGAGAACGUAACGGCACACGGCAACAAAACACAUCUUUAACUGGGGACGCACAAUCAAUAACACGAUGAUUGGAUGACGGCGGGUGGGGGGUGGUGGUCACACCGACGCCAUGACGACAAGGUGGAAUUCCAAUGGUGCAUUUGUCUCCCGGGGGAAAAAAAACAAACAACCUUACAACUUCAACAAUGGUGCUACUGUGCAACACAGCUGAAAAAAAAAGAAAAGUAAAAAUCUUACAUUUUAUUCUUUGUUUCUCUUAAGAAGUACCUCAAAAAAAGCAAGCAGAAAUGAUCCACUAAAUGGUGCCACGACGGAUGUGUGAGAACCCUUCUUUCCUUUCUCUUUACCUUUUUAAAGCCACUUUUGACGACAAAAAUGUGAUACUGUACCAUUGUCUACACAGAAGUGCACUUUUUUUUCUUCUUUUUUUUUGGCCUUGUUGAUGAGGAGGUUACCAAAUCGGCACUUUGACUUCGGAACAUCCAAGAUGAGAGAUGCACUGACGAUGAGCUUUCCUUAGUGAGGCUGCCUUUUUUAUUACUAGCUGUUCACUCACACUCUCUCUCCUCCUGCGUCAUUUCUCUGUCGUUAAAACGUCUGGUGGUACUAACCCCGCUGUAGCCCGCCUCUAACAUCACACCUUCUUCCUCUUCCUCUCUUUUUUUUGUAAGUAAUAAAAUGUGUAUAUUGUGUAAAACACCUUUUUUGUUCUUAGUGUAUUAGGGUCCUGAAUCGGUACCAGCUGUCUCACACAAUCACACACACACAUUCAACACUCACUGACACACAUCCACUCAGAUUUUUGUACAAAGUAAGGCUUUUAUGAAUGAAACAGUAUUUUAUAUAUAAUAAAUAUAUAUUUGAAAAAGAGGUUAAAAGGUAUAUAAACUUUAUUUCGGCUGUGGGGGAGAUUGUUCACUGUUUUCAAACACAAACAAAAUGUCAGGCUGAAAAACUGAUCCAACUACUGAGCACCGACAGAUUAUCCCUGACAGUCUUGUAUGAUAUUAACGAAGCCAAUCGCUUUUGUAUUAAAAUUGUAGAAUUGAUAAAAUAAAGGGGAUUUGCUUUUUAGGUAGUCUAAUGAUUAGGGCAACAAAUAUUUGUGCAAAAAAAAAAAAAAAGGAUUUUAAUUAAAUCUUGGCUCCUUGAUUAGGAAACCUCCACUUUUGUUUUGUGUUUUUUAACAUUUCCAGGUGCUGGGCUUAACUUGUAAAAAAGAGGGGCCUCCUGAGGUUAUUUUGGGGGGCCUGUUUCGCACCCAAAAAACCUUCAAAUCCACUUCCACUGGCUUGAAUUUGUAUCCCAAAUCAGUUAAAGUGUUCACACUCUGCGCUGUGGAAACACAGGUUCAAGUGUCUGUACAUUUAUCAGGUGUUUCAGUCCCUGAUGUGACGCUUCCUCUGCGCCAGGCGUUCACGCUCCUGGCGUACGGAAAGUCUACAAGAGCUGUUUUAGGGGAGAUGAUUUUUUUCUGUGAUUUUAUUGUUAUUUUUAUUUUUUAAAAACUGCUUUUAUGAAUUCUAAUAAUGUCAACCUGGGGGGGCGAUUUAAACAAAUGUAUUUUUUUUCUUUUUUUUGUUUUGUUUUUCAUGUUAUGUUAUCCAGAAGUUGUUAUAAACUUUUAAGACUGAAAUAAAUACUAUGUCCAAAGUG